AAAAUAACGAGCGACAGGUGUUUGAUGAACUCGGAGCGCAACCGACCUUACCACAAACAACGAACGAACUUCUAAAACCACAUCUAUUUUCAAGAUGUAUAAAUCAUCUCUCCUCCUUCUUUUCACGGUUUUUACUACAGGAGUAUGGGGUCAGAAGUGCUAUGUCUGCAAGAACCAAGAUGAAAACACUGGGAAGUGUGCAACAACAGUGCAGGAAUGCAGCUUUGGAGAAGAUUAUUGUCUUUCAGAAAUUAGAUGGGGAAGCACACCCUUCUGGGAGAUUGGUGCUCCAAUGCAGUAUUACAUCAGCAAGAAAUGUGCAACACAGGAAGAAUGUGUGGCUACCAUAUCAAAAUACAUGCCAAAAUGUCAACGUAUCUGGUGGAGAGAUUGGAAAUGUGCUGAAUGCUGCAAAGGUGAUCGUUGCAAUUACUACAUCACGCUGGGUUCAUCUACAGUCUCAUCAAACAUUGCAUUAAUGUUGUUGGCAGGAACACUCACACUUUUUCUACCAAUGUUCCACUGAUCAUGAUGCUGCUCUUUAACUGUUAAAGUGAUGUGCUUAAAAAAUGCAGUGAUAUUAUAUGUCAAGAACCAAGACAGUUAUCUACAUAGUAAAAUAAUAUUCCAUGGGGAAAGACCAUGCAUAUUAUAAUAUUGUGAGAUAUGGACAAUUCAUAUCAUUGUACAAGCGAAUGAUAAAGCUAAAGUUUAGCUUUGCCUUUAUCAUGUUGAAAUAACCAAGUCUUAACAAUACAUUCCAUCAUGCAGUGCAGCUGCCUUUUUAGAUCUUAGUGCACAGACCAGUUGAAGAACACUGAUAAGUGACAUUGUGUUGAGUCCAAGAAAUUAUAGAUAUAUGUUUUGCUGUAAAGAAAGUAAUAAUUUUUGAAAGACAACAGAAAUAUUUAGUGUUUAUAACAAAUCACAGUGUUUUGCAACUGUGCUAGUGCCUAACAUUAUCUUAUGUUAAUAUUAUUGUAACUAUGAAUUUAGUUAUUGAAGUUAAAAGAAAUUUUAAAAUUAAGUAUUCAGUAAAUUUAUUCCAUCCAUUUAUCUGUCCAGAAUUUUUAUGGAGUGAUUUUCAUAUUUUUUUAUAUUUAUUAGGCCUUUUAGAUGGUUAAUAUUUAAGAAGAACAAUUUCUGUAAAAGCAGAUGUUGAGGAAGCCCAGUUCAGCAGAUAGAUUAAAGCAAUGAGUCUGUAGGCUUUCAAAAUAAGACUUAAUUUUGUAUAUUAUGCCAAGAUGAUGUAUGUGUGUGUGUGUGCAAUUUUAAGCCAAGAGAAACUAAUUGUUAUUACUUUUUGAAAAAAUGAAAGAAAGUAAAUGACAUGGGAGUCAGAUUUCUCUUGUCUGUCAUCAGCAAACUGUUCAGACAUUCCAAGGCAAGUAUGUAAAAUGUUCCAUAAACAUUAUAUUUUUAUAAUAUUGUUAUAAAAUAGUUGUAUAUUCCGUCCAUUUAUCUCUAGAAUUCUUAUGAAGUGAUUUUCAUAUUUUGUAAAUUGGUAGUCCUUUUAGAUUCUUAAUAUAUUUUAGAAGAAUUUCUGUAAAAGCAGAUAUUGAGGAAGCCCAGUUCAAGAGAUAGAUUCCAGCAAUGUGUUUUUAGGCUGCAAAAUAAGACAAUUUUGU